AUGACCAAUGAUUCACACGCACACACACACACACACACAGGAGGAGUCGGACCUGAAGGCAGAUACUUCACGGACCGUCAUGCUGUGGGGAAAUCAAUGCCUGUGGUUGACCAGCAACAGAACUACAAACUCUUGUCUCUGACCGAGUCUGAUGGGAAAACAGUCAUGAAGUUUCAGAGGUCCAUCGGUUCCUGUGAUGAAAAUGACUUACCCAUCACUAACCUCCCCAUGAAGCUGAUCUAUGCAUAUGGACAGAAUGAUAAUAUCACGUACCACAGUACCCGAAGGGGCAGGAAGGAGCUGAACCUGUUGAAGUACAUGCCUCGGGUCAACCCUCCAAACAGCAACUUUUUUGACAUAACUAUGGUCAAUUUCACUGUACCAGCCAAUCAAACCCACUAUCACUGCAAGAUCGUGAGAGCCCCGACAUUUGAUCGCAAACAGCACAUUUAUCGCAUUGAGCCGGUGAUCACAAACUUUGACCUCGUGCAUCAUCUGCUGCUGUACCGCUGCCCUCUGACUGUGACGGAGCCGUUUGAGGCGGAGUGUUUUACUGGGGUGGAUGGAGAGUGUAUGGAGACCGUGGCUGUGUGGGGAGUUGGUGGAGGGGCUUUUGAAUUCCCUGAAGUGGCAGGACUUCCAAUUGGAGGAAAUGUUGGUGAUUUUCUGUAUCACACAAUAAAGGGACACUUCCUGACCUCAGUGUCAUCCCGUCUGCACCCUGCAUGA